UCUUAAAAUGAAUUAUAAUGCAGAAAUUAAAAUCAUGCUCAUCAUAUUAGGUGCGUUUAAGUUGUUGCAUGUAUGAAUUGCAUUUUAAUGUAUUUAUGAAUUAAUUAAAAGAUUUGCUAAAUGAGUAAUCUGACAAAAAUGAGCGUCACUGAGUGGGUGUCACUGCAUGUGAGUUUAUGCAGAUAAGGUAAUGCUAUCAGACUGCAGGAUACACCACACAGGAAAAAUGAAAAACACCUGCCACUGCUUAACGCGAGAAACCCGCCGUCUCUGCACUUUAGAUGAAAUGACUCGCACUAGUCUCUCUGCUCUCUUCGCAACCAUCUGGUUCACAGGUCUCGUCCCUGGAGAUGUAACUUUGUCAGAUGUAAAGAUAUCUGUGUGGCAAAAACCUGAGACAAUACAAUGGAAAGGAACAAGUGAAAACAUCACCUGUCACAUUAAAGCCCAUACAACAGUGGGAAGAAUAUUGGUUAAGUGGCUGCAAGAUAAUCAAACUGAAAUGAAGAGUGAAACAAUUGAAAUGUCUGAAAAUCGAUCGUCUGUGUCUGGAGCUGUCUUUAUGAACGCAUCGCUGGACCUGAUGUCAAUACGUCUAAAUCAUAGUGGCAAGUAUUACUGCAAAGCAUGGAUGGACUUACCUGAACUUGGACUCGUUGAAUAUGGAAAUGGGACGCAUGUAUAUGUGGUGCCUAAUUCUCCAACUCCCACACCCGUGACUGUUACAGCAAACCCCUAUAAUGAGACUGUGACAGCAAACCCCUAUAAUAAGGACACAGUUUUGUGGCCAUUGGGAUUGGGUUUUGUCUUGCUAAUCAUCUGCAUUGCCUGUGUUAUUCACAUGCAUUAUAAAGGACACUGGAUAAAACCUAAAGCAAGAGAAGUCUCAGUCGAUGCUACCCAUGAAUCCCCCUGCCCUGAAACUCAGGAAACUGUUGUUUAUUCAGCAUUAAACUUUCCCCGGGUCAGUGUGAAAUCAAGAAAUGAGAACAGUGCAGCUCUGGCAGUCUCUUCAGUGACCGUCACAGAGGACUCAGUGACGUACUCUGAGGUCCAGAUAAAGAAAGGACCAAAGGAUGCAGGUUGAGCACUGUAAUCUCUUUCACUUUGGAUAUGGGACAGAGUGUAUUAAUGGGACUUUAAGCUUCUGGUCCUGUUUGAUUUUGUCAAGGUAUUGCUGUAAAUACUAUACAAUUUUUAUAUAGUUUUCAGUCUUUUUCUUCAUGUAAUACUCACGAAGGCUUAAUUAUUAAGUGCCGUUGUUAAGGCUCACAUUUGAGUCUGUUUUAAGCAGUAUUGUGCUCAAGGUAAUGUCUAUAAGAUGCAAUUAUACAAACAUCUGAUAAAACCUUCAAAGACUUUGUCUUGUUUGUUCAGUGAUCAGGGUAGAGUUCUUUAAAAUGACUAAAAACUUUAAGUGGGUUUAAGUGCACUGACAAUAAACUCUUUUGAGUUUAAAAUGGAUUUUAUAUAGGAAUUUGCCUGCAGUUUUUAAAUAAGUCUUUGUAGCAAUAAGAGUCAUACAUGAAGAUGACAAGAACGGUUAAUUGACAUAACAGAGAUGUUUAUCGUAAAAGACUUAUGUGUUACCGCCUACACAACCCCAUUUAGAAGCUUAACAGUAAAAGCCUUAAUCAUAUGACGUGCUUCUGCAAUAAGAUAAUGCUGUUUCAUCCUGACAAAUUUUUUUAGUUUCGUUGUUUUUUUCACAAGUGUCGCAAAAAAUACAGACUUCUAUGCGGGGGUGUUCAGGGAGCGCUUUCAGAUGAGAGAUUCAGUAGCAAACCGUAGGCGAUUUGACAAGCCUCGAAGCCACACGUGAAUGUGAAGAAAAAAAGACGAACAUUAACACGCAACGCGCAAUGUCUGGACUGAAGUGAGUCAUGCGUGCAGUUUUAAACACUGUAGGAGUUCUGAAAUUUUAAAUAAUUAAAUUACCAUUUCCAAAUAUGCUUUCUUGUUUUUUUUAUUUUAAUUUUUUAUUUUUUUAGAGAGGGUCAAGCUUCAAACAAGAAACAUUAAAACUUUCAAUUAUUAACAACCAUCCUGUUUACUUCAUAAAAAGAGUUAUUAGUGUUGCUUUUUUUUUUUUAAAAAACCAUUACCAGAAUCUUCAUUUAAUUGAAGUAUAUUCAUAUUCAUAUUCAAAUCAUUACAAGACUUUAAACCUCUAAAAGAGAUUAAUGGAAUUGUGUUACGAAUAUAAACUUGGUAAAAGCAAUGUAACAGCGUGGAAAUAGGGGUUACAAUUCACAUUUUAAAUCAUCUUAAUGAAGAUAAUACAUUAGAUCAUGACAGCAUCAGAUAGACACACAUUCGCUCUCUAACACACACACCCACACACAAUAGUAGCAUAGCAUCAUUCACAUUGCCUUCUGUCAACAAAAAACACAAAAUAAAACAGUUCAAGUUCAUCAAAUCGUGGAG